UGUACGGGUUGGAAACUAAACAGUGAAAUUUCGAAACUGUUGACAGUCAGAUUGCAAAAUCUUUCGACUUUUUUUUGGAUAAAAAUGAAACUACUCGUGACGUUCAUAGUCACCUUAGUGAUCGGUGUUCACGCCACUGUUCAGGUAGAUCCUGAGUGCGUGGGUAUUCGUAAUGGAAGUACUUUCCGUCAUGAAAAGGAUUGUUCGCGAUAUUAUUCUUGUAGAAAUGGAAAAUUCGAAACACAUCGUUGCCCAUAUGGGCUGAAUUGGGAUCAAGUGCGCCGUGUAUGUUUGCCAUUGGAUAUGGUUUCUUGCAAGCAAGGACCCUUUUUGCCAUCGACUGUUCCUAAACCCAUCUGGACAACUCCACCUACCAUCAUUACAACGGCCAUUGUACCAAUUGAACAAAACGAUGAACCGGUGAAUGCAUACAAAUGCCCAUCGUUUGGAGUUUCAAGUGUUCCUCACCAGUUUAGCUGCUCCAAGUACGUGAUGUGCUUUGACGGCACACCGGUCGUUCAAAACUGCGCUCCAGGUCUCCAUUUUGACUCACAAUCCCAACAAUGCACUUUCCCAAUCUACGCGAAAUGCGUUCUUGAAGCUGGCAUAUGCCCAACUAGCAACGACAAACUGGUAUUCAUUGCUGACAAAUUGGAUUGUGCCAAAUACUACUACUGCUAUAAUGGAGAACCUCACGAGAACAGCUGUGCUGAAGGGCUGCAUUGGGAUCCUGUCAAUAAUUGGUGUACUCCGAAAGGACAAUCGCAUUGCACCAACUAUGCUCCAUACAAGGAAAUCGACGAACCAUUCCUAACUCCGAAAACUGUUUCCUGUGGAAAUCCAUCCGCUCAUUGGGUGGAACACCCGAGAAGCUGUCGUCAUUAUUACCUCUGCUACAAUGGAAAAGCGACACUAAAACGGUGUGAUGAUGGUCUACUGUGGGAUUAUAAGGAAGGAUCAUGUAACUAUGGGACGCUAUCUAGCUGCAAUAAGUUCAACUGAUUGGAUGAAUCAGCAAUAUAAAGCUCUUUUGAGGCAGGUGAUAUAAAACUAUAUGUAGUUUACAAUCAUUUUCAAUAAAUAUAAUAAAUAUCCGUAA